AUGAAAAGUAAUGGAGAAACUCCUCUCUUUAUCGCAUCACAGAAAGGCCAUCUUGAAGUUGUCGAAUAUCUUAUCUCUAUUGGUGCGAAUAAAGAAGCAAAGAAUAAAGAUGGAUAUACUCCACUCAUUUGUGCAUCAGAAAAUGGCCGUCUUGAAGUUGUUAAAUAUCUUAUUUCUGCUGGAGCAGAUAAAGAAGCAAAGAAUAAUGAUGGGGAAACUGCACUCAUUAAGGCAUCAAUUAGGGGUUAUCGUAAACCUAUUAUUGAUUAUCUUAUCACUGCCGGGGCAGAUAAAGAAGCGAAGGAUAAUAAUGGCCACACAUAUCAGUAUUAUCAAGAGCAUCCCGUAUGGCCUAAAGGUAAAUUCUAUGUUGUACAAAAAGUUGAAAAAAUGUGGUCAGACGAAAAUAAGGUUGUAGACUAA